AUGCCUGAGACUAUUCAAGACGCGGCGUAUGCUAUCAUCCUCGUCUUCCCCAUUAUGAGCACGUUGGUGGUCGGCUUGCGAUGCUGGGCCCGAGCCUUGACCCGGCAGUUUGGCUGGGAUGACAGUCUGAUUGUCGUGGCCUGGUUAUUAGCUGUCGGGCAGACAGUGACAAUCUGGAUCUACACCAGGCUGACCUACCAAGGAUACCACAUCUACGACAUCCCUCCCCAGUCCAUCGAGCAGAAGGUCACCGGCCAGAAAUACAAUCUUGCCAACCAGCUAUUGUACAAUCCUAUCUUGGCCAUUGUCAAAGCCUCGAUUAUCAUAUUCCUCUUUCGUCUGCAAGAUCAUCGUCCUGUCGUGCGGUGGAAUCUAUGGGCCUUGACCGCUGUCAACCUGGCACUGCUCAUUGCAAUUUUUCUGGCCGAUCUAUUUCAAUGCACUCCGUUGCGAUACGUCUUUGAAGCUCCUGCUAUGGACCUAGCAGCGCAGAACGCUGCAGGAGCGGACAAGCAUGGGAUAAAGGACGGGCUAGCAAUCACAGGAGGUAAAUGCUUCAACCAAAUUGCCUUCUUCCUGGGGUCAGCGGGCUUAACAAUAGUCACCGAUGUCUGGCUGCUCUUGAUACCAUGCAUCAUUGUUUGGCGGCUGCAAAUGAGCCGGCGGAAGAAAGUGGCCAUUUUGUGUGUUCUCUGCUUAGGAGUGAUUGUAACCGCCCUCAGUAUCGCUCGCCUGGCUAUCUACGCGCAGAGAUUCCGGCCUGGCAACCCGGACCCAACGUAUAACAUCGGACAUACGGUGUCUGGCGUAGAGGUCAAUCUAGCGAUCGUGACGGCGUCGGCGACGGCGUUGAAUUCAUUGUUAACGCGCUUUGCGCCGGGUGUCUGGGGAUAUAGCGCCCAGUAUGCCGGCGCAUCAAACCUAGCGAGCGAAUGGCGCGGAAGAUCGACAACGACGGCGAGCGGCGUGCGUCCUAGUCGACCGCGAGACAUGUAUCCGCUAAAGGAUGGAUUCCGACGGCAGAAGCAGGCGAGUGACAGUCAAGAAGAAAUAAUGGUGUAUGAUGGGCGCUCCAAUAUCUCUCACGUUAGCGCCACUUCAUCUGGGCCACGGGCUGUUGUACAGAGCUGA